GGUGCGAGGUGCAUGGGCAGUAUUUUUCAGCUGAUCCGUAAUUGUGUCCCGUUUCUCUCGCGACCUCGGUUCUGGCGCACGCGGUUUCGGCAUAGUUAAAAGAGGCAGCAAAUCCCGAGACCGUCUCCCAAGUGUUUCUGAUCUCAUUCACCUCGUACUCUCGCGAAUUUUCAAGUUCGCCAAUUGCUUGCAAACUGUCAAUAUGCCAAGCGAACAUAAGGAAGGCUCGUCGAGGGGCUCGUUAAUCAGGCGAUCGGUGUAUUUGUAACAUGACGAACGAUUCGCGAGACGUGUACAAUUGCGUUGGAGUAAUAAAAAUGCGAUAAAAGGAAUCGAGCGCGUCGUGUUGUAUUUUUAUGUGUCGACGUAAUUAAGCACGCAUGGUUCUGUUUAGUUUUGCCCGAGUUAAGAAUGUCCAAUCCAGAGGCUGGUGUGGGAUGCAUUAGUGAGGUAACGCUCGCAAUUAGUAAAGCAAGGAGUUCUCAGGCAGGUGCUGUGAGGGUCCUCGACAGUCCCGACUCCGAUGGAUCAGGCCACUCUAAUUCCUUUACCGUGCAGCGAUUUAAUUACACCAAUGAUAACAAUGCCAACUCGGAUAUUCUUCAGUCGCCCCUCACCAGCGAUGACUUGAGAAUACCUAUCGUUGGUUAUGAGAUUAUGGAGGAGAGAGCUAGAUUUACAGUCUAUAAGCUUCGAGUCGAGUUGAAAAACGGCGAUUGCUGGUUUGUGUUUCGGAGGUACACAGACUUCGUUCGAUUACUGGCGCAAUUGAAGAGGCAAAAAGUUCCUAUCGCUCAUCUGACAUUGCCAAGGAAAAAGUGGCUCGGCGACAAUUUUGCUCCAAGUUUCCUAGAGGAGAGAAUACGCGGCCUUCAGGCGUUUGUUAAUGACAUAUUGAGUAGCCCACUUCUCAUAGGCGUCUCGUGCGUAAGAGAAUUCUUCUGUUUGGAUGAACCUCCUGUUUUAUCUGACACAGCAGAAGAAUCUAGAGCAAUAUUUGAAGCGCUGGAAGAUACAAUAUAUAAUUUGAGACAACAAUUAGGAGAACGCGAUGCGGCACUUGCAUCUGAAAGGACUUUAUGCAAUGAAUUUCGGAAAAAGCUUCACCAGAUAUUCAGUGAAAGACAAACCUGUCCAAAAUGUGGUGCAACCCAAUAGCAAUUUUAUAGACUGGGUUAUAAUAACUGAAGAGACCGUACUGAAUAAGAUCUGAAAAAAGUUAAAUUUGUACAAAUUUUAAAACGAUGCUGUUAUAAAAGGAAGAUAUUAUAUAAUAUAGAAAAUAUUUUUUAACCAUCUAUUUUACAGUGGGAUAUUUUUGGGAAUGAUAUUUUACACAUAGAGUAUUGUAUGAAUUAUAUUAGCAGAAUUUUAUCAAUAUUACAUUAAGCAAUAUAGUAUAUAAAA